GGAAGAACACCAGUUGCAGUAUGUUCAACAGCUGCUGAGAAAGCCUGUGCUUGGGAAUCCCCAGAAAAACUGGUUUCAGAGAAAGUUAUAUCAAUGGGACCCCUACUUUAAAUUCCCCAGCAGAAUAAUCAGCACAAUUGUCGUUAUGUUCCUAUGUCUUUACAUGUUUAUUGUGACAGAAUAUAUUAUUGUCAAUUUAAUUUUGAAGAUGCUCAAAGUAGUUCUUCAGUUCUUAAGAAAUAUUCCGGAUUCAGAAAAUGAACCAUGGAUCCAAAGCUUUGAAGAGUUUAUUCAUAUCUUUGAAGGAAUUUGGAUUGCUACUAAUGUUAUUGCUUCUAUCACAUGCAUCGGAUAUGCAUUUAACAUCUUAGUCUGCUACAGGAAACAAAUUAAACUGCUGAGGGCAGGCAAAAAGCACCUACUUGUGUCAGAAUCUAUGAAAGUGUCACCUUCUCUAAGUGUGGUAGCACUAUCAAAGUUCAUCUCGUUCCAAGUUGCAUACAUAAUGUGGGGAUACCUAAUCAUGCAUUUGGUGCAGUGGUUAUUUGGAAUGAUAUUUACAUAUAUUUUGAUUUUACCCAUGAUACGUGGCAAAUGGAUGGAGCUUUUCAGCAAAUGGGGAACUGUGAUCCUGACAUUUGUCAUUGUCCUAGUGAUCAAGAAGAUACAGGUGCUUGUAGGUGCCAGGUUUUUUCUCCAGCCAAAAAUGUCACCGAGUGACAGUCAAAAACCUUUGGCUCUUGAUAACAGGAGACUCUUCGUAAACUUCAGUUAUUUUUUAUUCUUCCAUUCGGUGGUCGUGGGCUUAACUUCCUGUCUGAUGAGACUGUUCCGCAGUAUCAUUCUUGGGGCCUGGCUGGUUGGACGGAUAGAUAGGCCAGUAAUGCCAAAAGGCUAUGAAGAAUGUGAUGCAGGAUAUACAGUUUGGAUUGGAAUGCUUUUUCUGGACCACUAUCACACAAAUCCCAUCCUUGUCUGCUUCUGCCAAAUCCUUUGUGACAAACUCAAACAGAAAACCCUGUCUGCCGAUUCAUACUCCUCUGCGUAUAAGCCAUUGGAAAUAGUUCCCAGAGUGUCUAGCAAAGCCAGGACAAGAUGGUUCCUGCUCUAUACACUUCUGAACAACCCCAGUGUCCAAAAAAUCCGGAAGCUAAAACCUCUCUCUUAUUGAGUGGACUCAUCAAAUCUUUUUUCUUUUUGACAAUCUGUGCUAAAUAUGCUAAGAGCAUAUGGUUGCCUCUGUGGUCAGCAACGACUGAGUAUUUGAUCCAAGUUGUGAUCAGGAGGAGCUUGCUGACAUAUUCAUUUGUUUCCUGAAUGAACCCGUGCAGCAUGGCUAGUAUUUAUUAUGUCAUUAUGCUGUAUAUUCAGUCCUAGCACCAUUAUUGAUAACUGCUGUGUGAUUAUUAUAUGUGCAAAAAUGAAAAGAUUCAGCACAAGCCACAUUGGAGGAAUGGUUGGCAAAGAUGACAGAAUUUGCAACGACAGCAAAAUUAACUUCCUCAAUUAGAGAAAAGACAAUAUCAACCCUUAUUAUUGACUGGAAACUCCCUAUAGGGUUUUUUUGUUGCUUGAAACAGACAAAAAGAAAUUGUAAUUUAUGGUUUUGAUGAUUAAAAAUAGAGAUAAUGAUAAAAAGAAAAUUUUCUUUCCUUGUAACCAUAGACUAAGCGGUAAUUUUGUAUUGGUGCUUGUAAUUAUUGUAAAGAAAAUUGGAAGCCACUUCUGUUUCUUUUCAUUUUUUGCACCUUUGGCUUCCUUCCUUCCUUCCUUCCUUCCUUCCUUCCUUCCUUCCUUC